CGCAUGCGCAGAGACAGGGCAGCGGAAUCGUGGCUCCAGCCCGUUAGCAUCCCCAGCUAGCGGAUUUUAGCCUUUGCGCAACGGAGCUGAAGGGGGGGAAAAAAAAGACGACUCGGCGUCCAGAUAAAGCCGACUUCGAAUAACCCCGCCUAAUCCCCCAGCUGACCAUUAUCCCUCCAUGGUGCCCGAAGAAGGGAGAUAGCCUUAAUGAAUACGCACCGUCGCCGUAAUUAGCUGCAGAAGCGCGAUACAGGCGAAAAGGGACUGCGUUGCGCGUGGAAAGUCUCUCUUCAGGAGCCUGGUUAUUAUCGCGUCCGCGUUUUGGAUACUGACAGUGCACUUGACAAAUAUUUGUGGGUCGCAAUGAGGUUGGGGGCUCGCGGACGACGUGCGACGGACGCCGACGGGAAGAAGAUGGACCAACCGCCUCCUUUCAGAAACCCUUUUGUUCACGUCUUGAAAUUGACCCCCAUGGAAAAGGCCAAGAUCGCAGUCAUGACAGUCACGCUAUUCCCCAUCCGUCUACUCAUAGCCGCAUCCAUGAUGCUGCUGGCUUGGCCUUUUGCGUUUCUGGCCUCGGCGGGACGCUCUGAGACUGCCGUGGAACCGCAGUGCCUCUGGAGGCGACUGGUUGACGUCAUUUUGAAGAUCAUCAUGCGGGUCAUGUGGUUUGCGGGCGGCUUCCAUUGGAUGACCGUAAAAGGGCAGCGGGCGUUGCCCGCCGAAGCGCCAAUUCUCACUCUGGCUCCCCACUCUUCCUACUUUGAUGCCAUACCAGUCACCAUGACAAUGGCCUCCAUCGUCAUGAAAGCAGAGAGCAAGGAUAUACCCGUCUGGGGAACUUUGAUAAAGUACAUCAGGCCAGUGUUUGUAUCAAGAUCAGACCAGGACUCCAGAAAGAAGACUGUGGAAGAGAUCAAACGCCGAGCCCACGCUGGAGGUGAAUGGCCACAGAUAAUGAUUUUUCCAGAAGGAACCUGCACAAAUCGAUCCUGCCUAAUCACCUUUAAACCAGGAGCCUUCAUCCCAGCGGUACCAGUACAGCCAGUUGUGAUGCGAUACCCAAACAAACUGGACACAAUCACUUGGACGUGGCAAGGACCUGGAGCGUUUAAAAUCUUGUGGCUGACACUAUGCCAGCUACACAACGUGUUUGAAAUAGAGUUCCUUCCAAUCUACACUCCCUCUGAGGAAGAGAAAAGGAAUCCUGUUCUGUUCGCUAUCAAUGUGAGGCAUGUCAUGGCCAAGGCCCUGGGGGUCCCCAUCACCGAUUAUUCAUUUGAGGACUGCCAGCUGGCAAUGGCAGAAGGCCAGUUAAGACUGCCAGUUGACACCUGCCUGUUGGAGUUUUCCAAACUUGUCAGGAGGCUCGGGCUUAAACCCCGAAACCCUGAAAAGGUUCUUCAGGAUUACGGGAGCAGAUCCAGGAAGCUGCAAGGACAGAAGCUGUGCUUGGAAGACUUUGCUCAGUUCUUGGAUGUGCCUGUUUCAGAUAUGUUACAAGACACAUUCGCCCUUUUUGACGAGUGUGAAGAUAACAGCGUGGAUAUCAGAGAAUAUGUGAUAGCCUUAUCUGUUGUAUGCAGACCUUCCAAAACUCUGGAAACGCUGAAAUUGGCCUUCAAGAUGUUUGAGGACGAGGAGGACGGCGCCAUCGCAGAGCCCCAGUUGGCAGUUAUUCUCAAGACCGCUUUGGGAGUGAGUCACCUCAGUGUCACCUGCUUGUUUACUGCCAUUGACAGCGAAGGCGCAGGAAAAAUCACAUUCGAGAAUUUCCAGACCUUUGUGGAAGAACAUAUUGACUUUGCCGAGGAGUACCUGUACCCUAAAAAUUCUGACCUCCUCGCCGGUCCCUGCCAACACCAACAGGCAACUUCUCAGCACGUGCACGACACUGCCAACAACAAAAUGACUAACGGCAUGUGCCCCGACUUCAGCCCCAGUGAUCCUGACAGCACAGUCCACGGACUCCUCAAGAAACACAAUUGAAAGCGUUGAGGGUGCGCUCGUGGGGCAGCAAACAUCUCUCCCGGCAAGAUGGUGUCAUGUGGCGCGCGCUCGGUAGACGGUUGCAUUUUUUUCAACUGAAAGGGACUAUAUUUCAGUAACGACAGCUGAGAUGUUUACCUUCCCCUUCUGCUAGUGUUGUGUCCGAUACUUUUCAUAAGUAGGGUUCUACAUGACGUAUAUUAAUUACUAUUAUUUUUCAUAGUCAGGGUUGUUAAAGGGCCAACGUUGGCUGUUUCAAAUACAUAAAUACUUGAAGGGCACUUGUUAAAGGUCAGGGCAUUUUUUUUUGUUUUUGUUAGCGGAAUAGGCUGUGCAUGUUUCAAGAGAGUGGAAACCAAGCCUUGACAAUGAAAGCAACACAUUUUGAUUAUUAUUUUUUUUCUUUUGUAAUGGUGGCUGCCUUUUGGCGAGAGAGUGUGGACAUGAGGAAUUUUGGGCAGUAUUGAGGAAUAUUUACAUGACAAAGGUCCACGCGAGUAUACCAGUGACAAUUGUACCACUUGAAGCAAAGUGUUUUUUCCGCGUCAAGGUACAUUUGAGGUGUACUCUGACCUUUUGAGUUGAUCAAAUGUUUUGCUACAAGCUUGUUAUAUACAUAUAUUUCUACAAUAAUUUUGAUUUAGCUCAGGGUUCAGGAACACAAAAGACAAAUAUGAUGUCAAAAUAUUUGACUGGGUUCUGUGCAUGUCUUUUUUUUUUUUUUUUUUU